UUGUUGCUUGUGUAAAUACCGCACCACCCGCAGCCCUCGAGCUGCGCCACACCUUCGCUGUCGUUACUCUUGACCUCUCGCGAUCGCCGCGUGGAGUGACACUUACUGCAGCGCACAGCGACUUGGCUCGUAGCUCGUACGCGUUGCACUCACUUCCCGCGUUCCUUAGAAUGCUCACACAUGUGCGACUCGGAUCGAGGCUAGAGCAGCAGAGAACAGGCGAGCAACCGGGAGUAAAAGAGCAGCAAGGGGCAAAGGAGCAGCACGGAGUAUUAGACUCGCAAGGGACAUGUAGUCGUACGGUCGAUUGACGCGUCACAAGCAGUCGGCUGCACCAUGUCAGGCCUGCGCCAGUGCAUCGCCCCGCGCGUGACGUGCGGAUUCGCGUCCAGCAGCGACGACGAGGGGGAUGGGGACGAGACUGCCUACCUCAAGGGGCGCACAAAGGGGAAGGGGAAAGGGAAGCGCGGAGCCGAGGGGCAUGGUAGCGGAGGAGGGAGUUUCCGCCACCCCUCCCUGCGGAUUGGGCCGCCAUUGGACGUGCGACAGGUGGCGUAUCCGCACGAGCCUGCCACGCUGGACCCCUUGAAUGGCGGGCUGGGAGCCUUAGGGGGGCUGCAGGGGCAACUGGUGACGCUGGCGCUGCCCAUAGUCAGCUACAGCAGCAAGAUAGCGGUGGGCGUGUUUGGCGAGUCGCCCGAGGAUCUGCCGUGCUCGUAUGACGACUAUGGCAAUCUGGUGCCCAACGUGCUGCUGCAGCUGCAGGCCUUGCUCAUCCACAAGGGGGGGCUGCAGACGGAGGGCAUAUUCAAGGUGGCGGUGGAGGCGGGCAGGGAGGAGUCGGUGAAGGCAGCAGUCAAUGCAGGGCGAAUACCGCCCUCCACCGAUGUUCACUGCCUGACGGCGCUUAUCAAGGCGUGGUUCCGGGAGCUUCCUGACGGCCUCUUGGACUCCCUACCCCUCUCUCUGCUGGCGUCAGCAGCAGACCCACACAGUGAGGAGGGUGGCAUGGGCGAGCUGCUGGCGGUGCUGCCGCCCGCCAACAGCUGUCUGCUGGACUGGCUGCUUAACCUGCUGGUGGACGUCGUGGAGAGCCAGGGGAGGAACAAGAUGGGCGCCAGGGCGCUGGCUCUGGUGUUUGCUCCUAAUCUGGUGCAGGUGGUGGACCCGGCUGCCAGCCUAAAGCGCGCCAUGCUGCUGAUGGACCUCCUCGAGGCGCUCAUCGCCCGCAAGCACCGCCACCGCCAGCUCUUCGCGCACCACUGGCCGGGCGGCGCGCGCGCGUCCGCGUCGGUGGUGUCGGCGUCGCUGAUGGACGACUCGGAGUACGAGGACACGGACCUCGAUUCCUCCCUCAACUUCUCGCUGCUCUCAGGGGCGCACGGGGGGAUGGGGGGGCCUGGGGGAGUGAGAAAAGAGAGUGGGGAGUGGGAAAGCGAGAGUGUGGGUGCGCGGUCGGGGCAUUCCUCUCCCUCUCCAGCCACGUGGAGAGGGGGGUUUGCCUUGAGGCCAGGGAGAACGUGGGCCAUGGGCAGUGAUGGGGGGGAGGGGCUGGGAUCCAUUUCUGAACUGUGCCCAAUAGAGGAUGGCGAGGAGGAGGUAGAGGGGGAUGGGAUGGAAGGGGGGCUGGAGAGUGAGGGUGUAGGGGGGAGAGAGAGGAUAACGAGAAAGAGUGGAGACGGAACGGGUAGGAGGGGAGUGGGAGAGGGAGGAGGGGUGGAGGGAGUAUCGAGACUGGCAGGGGAUACAGCGGAGGAGUGCAGGAGUAGGCGCGAGGAUGGGCAUGGGGAGGCGGAUAGUCGGCUGGCCGAGUGGCUGAGGAACAUUCAUGAGGCAGUGGGGGAGGGGGGAGGGGAGGAAGCUGUGGCGGAGGGGAAAAAGGGAAGAGAACCGGGGGAUGAGGAAGAGGAAUCAGAGACUGCAGCAUCAAGCACACCUGAGGUGGAGGAAGAGGCAGAGGCGGCAGCAGAAGCAGCGGCUGCAGUAACAGUUGCAUGUGAUUCGCUGGGUGCAGGUGAACCUGCAUCAGCCGUACCACAUGGGGCAGAUUCAUGUAGCGAUGAUGAUGGUGGCGUUAGCAAUGAUGCCGGUGAUGGCGAUGGUGAUGAGGAUGAGGAUGGAGGUGGGGAGGGGGAGGGGGAUGAGGAGGGGAAGAGGAACGGUGAUUGCGAUGUGCAUGGUGCAGAUGCUGGGGAUCAUGCCAUGGGUGCUCCAGGUGACACGGGCGAUACUGACUGCGUCGCUGCUGCUGAUGGCGGUUUAUAUGGUGAUGCUGAUGCGGGCUCUGACGCAGAUGCUGAGGCUGAGGCUGAUGUUGAUGGUGAUGUUGAUGUUGAUGGUGAUGGUGAUGGCAACGAGCAUGAGCAUGUUGCAGCUGACUGCGGUAUUGAUGAUGCUGACGCUGAAAUGCAUGGAGCAGCAGACAGCACUUUGGCUGCUGACCAAGGCACUGUAGAUGCUGACAGCAGCGCACCUGCUGGUGGCGCCACCACACGUGCUCACGAUGCCUCUAUGCAAGUGGAGGCUCCAGUGUCCGCGUCCCCUUCAGAUGCUCCGCCCCACCUUCCACCUUCUCAACCACCCUUUCCCCCACCGUCCUCUCGUCCCUCCGCCCCUGCUGCCUCGCUCCCGCCUGCCAGCGCCCUCUCUGCUCCACCUGCUGCAGACGCCACCCAUUCUGGCCCCAUGCCUGCCUCUGCCUCCGCUCCCCUCCUCGCCAGCAUGCUGCUUGUGCUCGCUGCCAUGCACACUGCCCCCCUCCCACGAUCCUCCCAAACGGCCUUUGCUGCAGAUGCGACCUCAACAGCUGAUGACCGCACCGCUGCUGCUGCCUCGCCUGCUGCCCCUGCUGCUGCCACGGACGCUGCAGCGGUAUCCCAAGGCCCCACAGACCCUCCUCUCCCGCCCUCUGUGCCCCAGCCUCUCUCCGCUGCACCCCCUCUCCCUCCUGCUGUGCUGGAGCCAGGCCAGGUGCUCGUGCCCAGCAGCAGACGCAGAGCCGCCGCAGGUGCUGCUGCUACUGCCACUGCUGCUGCCACUACUGCUGCCACCACUUCUGUGGGCGCUGGUGCGAGCGCUGCCGCGAGCACGGGGCAAGAGGAGGGGAGUGGGCGCGGGAAGAUCGGCCUGAAGAAGGCAGGCGCGGGGAGAGGCAAGGGCACAGCUGCGGCAGGCAGGGGUAAGGUGAAGGAGGCGCUAGAAAAGGGGGCAAAGGAAGGGAAGAAGGUGGGUGGUCAGGGAACAGUGAAGGCAAGGGGUAGGGGCAAAGGAAGUGAUGGGGUGGCGGUUACAGGGACGAAGAGAAGGGCGGGUGUUGGCGAGGCAGUGGGUGCAGGGGCGGAGGGAAUGGGAGGGAAGGUGGAGGAGCCAGGGACAGAGGGUAGGGGAGAGACGGUUGAAGGUUGUUCAGCAUUAGCAGAUGAGAGGGGGACAGCUCAAGAGCAAGGAGUGGCGGCUAACGGUGGGGCAGGGGGCGCAGGAAAGACGGCCGCAGCAGGCAAGGCAGGAAAGAAGGUGUUGGGCAAGGGAAAGGGCAAGGCGGCCAAGGUUGCAGACCGGGCGAGAGCAGAGGCGGAGGCAAGGCAGGGGAGGGAUGGGGUGAGGGAAGGCGAGGCCCACAGCAGCAGCGCAGUGGCAGCAGGUGGUGCUGUGGCCCAGGGUGGGAAGGCAAAGAAGAGUACGAGGAAGGUGGUAGCGGAGAUAGAGGAGAUAGAGGAGGUUGUUGAGGAGAGAGGGGCGAAGCGGCAUGGGCAACCCAAGCGUGCCGCCACUGCUGCUGGUGCUGCUGCCGCCACUGCUGCUGGUGCUGCUGCUGGUACUGCUGGGGGCUCUGCUGCUGCCAAGCCUCGCAAGCGAGCAGCAGCAGGCAGGGCUGGCGUCGAUGGCACUGGUGCCGCAGGUGGUACGGUUUCCCACAGGGAGGUGCCAACUGGGGAGGGCGUGUCUGUGAGGCGAGAGGCAGGUGCGGAGAGGAGCAGCAGGGAGGCAGUGAGGGGGGCGGGAAAGGCGAAGCAUGGGGAGGUGGGGGCUAGCAUCAGCAAAGGUGCCGCCCUGAAGGGGCAGGGAGCAAAGACUGGUGCGGCAGCAGGGAGGGAGCAGGUGGGGCGGGAGCAGGCGAUGCGGGAGGCGAUAGGGCGCGAGCUGGCGUGGAUGCAGCGCGUGCGCGAGAUGCAGGGCGGCGAGUGGGGCGAGCGCUGGCAGCGGUGGCUGCAGGAGGAGGAGGGGUCAGAGGGGAGCGGCAGGCGAGUGAGAGUGAGGGAGAGCUUGCACGUGUUUGGGGAGGGCACUGCCGUGCGAGAGAGGAUCACCGAGUGGGAGCGAGCGCUGUCUCUGGCCAGCGCUGCUGCUGGUGUGGAGGGCAGGGGAGGGGGGGAAGCAGAGGCGGGAGGGGAAGCAGGGGGGAGUGGCGGGAGUAGGGGUGGGAGCGCACAUAGGAGGAGGCACGAGGGGCAGCAGAGGCAGGCAGGGGAAGAGAGGGAGAAGGGUGGGGGUGAGAAGGGAGGGUUGCAUGGGGAGCAAGAGGAGAGCAGUGAUCUGUGGAGGUGGAGGAGGGCGCUGGCUGGACGGGCAGGGAGAGCAGGGGGUGCAGGGGGAGACAAGUUCCAGCCUGCGUGUGUGCUGCCGCCCCUCUCCUCUGCUCACCGCUCCCACGCCUUGCCUCCUGCUGCUGCGGGUGCUGGCCUUGCUGCGCCUCAUGCUUUCCGUGCCCACACCCCCGCUGAUUUCGAACCCCUUGUGGAUCCAAGAAAGGGUGGCGAUGUGCGGCGGCGCUCUGAGAGCACGCGUGGUGAAGCAAUGAUGCCCGAGGAGGCGAGGGAGCAACCCGGCAUCCACAAGGUGAAUCCACUCGACCUGAGCAACCCAGCAGCACCUGACGGCGUGCUGCCUGGCCACCCACCUGGCCACCCACCUGGCCGUUCACCUGAGAGUCAGUGUAUGCCACCCAGUUUGCCGCCUUCAGGUGGUGGGAAGGCGAAGGGGAAGAAAGGAGCCGGGAAAACGAGCAAAGAGAAGGCGGGCUCGGUAGAGCAGCAAGGGGAGAGUGGGGGAGUGGAGAAGAGCGGGGGAGUGGAGGAGAGCGGGGGAGUGGAGGAGGGCGGGGGCAAGGUAGCGGGGGUGAGGAAGGGGAGGAAGAAGUCGGAGGUGGCAGCAGUGGUGGCGGAGAUGAGGCGCAGGAAGGGCGGGUGGGGGGCGCAGGGGGAGUGGGUGGGAGAGGGGCAGGGGGCAGCGACGGCAAGUGCGGCAGCAGCAGACGGGGAAGCAGCAGACGGGGAAGCAGCAGACGGGGAAGCCGGGGGUUUGGCAGUCGCAGGCGGAGCAGGGGAGGAGCAGGCAGAGGGGGUGCCACAGGCGAAGGAUGGGCAGCUGAGGGCGCAGUCGCCAGGGGUAGGUCUAGAGGGCGCGGGCCAGGCGAGGAGCAAGGGUGGUGAGGGUGACAGGGAGGGCGGCAGUGGGGAGGGCAGCAGCAGGGGCAGCAGGCCAGGGGAGGUUGAUGCAGGUGCUGCUGCUGUGGUGAGUCAACGAGGGUCCAGCAGAGCCAGCAGCAGGAGCAGCAAGAGCAGGAGCAGCAGCAGCAGCGGCGCCAGCACUCCUGCUCCCUCUGCUCGCCUCCUCUCCCUUCCCGCACCCAUCCCUCCCCAUCCCAACCGCCCCUCCGCCUCCAAGCCCUCGCUCCUCAUGCCCGGCCCCUCCUGCAUUGCUCCCUCUGCCAGGCCCCACCCCUCUGCCGCCCUUGCUUCCUCGCCCAGGCUGCACAACUCGCCCGCCUGCUCGUCCCUCCCCUCUCCCUCGCUCCCCUCCCCCUCCUCCUCCUUCUCCAACCGCCGCCGCCUCUCCUUUCAAUCGCCCCCCACUGCCUCUGGCCCCUCACGUUCCUCUGUGCCCUCGCACGCCUCCAUCUGCUCCCAUGCCUCCUCCCUCCGUCAGCCCUCCGUUUUAUCCCAGGCAUCCCACAUCCUCACCCCCUCUCACUCACACACUCCCUCCACCUCCUCUCUCGUCUCCUUCAGCUCCCCCCUCCCUUCCUCCACGCUCUCUCAUCCCUCCUCCAGCCCUCCCGCUUCUGACGCUCUUCACCCCAACCUCCCUCCCCGCCCUUCCUCCCGCCGCCCUCCCCCCAUCCUCCCGCCCUCUCGGCGCCACCCCUCCGCGGUCCUGAAUGCCCUCACUCCCUCCUCCACACACUCCUCCCCGCAGCCAACCUCCUCUUCCCUCUCCUCGCCCCACCUUCCCUCCUCCCUCUUCUCCCCACACUCACCCCCUUCGUCUGAGCACAUAGCCUCUCAGCAGGUCCCCCCACCCUUGCAAGGCGUUCCCCCGCCCUCUCAAAGUGCUGCCCCGCCCUCGCAAGGCGUGUCCCCACCAUCCCUACCACCUCGCAAGUCGCCCUUCGCACCUGGCAGCAGUAGCAGGGCACUCGUGAGAGUGCCGUCCCCGGCUAAAGAAGCUUCUGAGGCUUCUGAGGCUUGCGAGGCGCGCGAGGCUUGUGAGGCGCCAUCAACACAGCAGGCCCUUGCCAGCAGCACAGGGCCGCUUGUAAGAGUACCUUCGCCUGCCAAGGAGACACCUGUCCCCUGCCGUGCCAGCAACGCAGCUGCUCCCUGUGCUGUGAAGGAAAGUCUACCUUCCCCAGAUCGCACCCGCCCUCUUGGUCCGUCUGCCAGGGACUCCCAUUCGCCAGGCAACGCGGCUUGUCAGAUGGCACCUUUACCAGAUAGCACCUCUCGACUCGGUGCUCCCCAAAUAGCCCCAUCCCAAGCUUCUUUUGGCUCCCCCGCUUCUGCCUCGCCCCCUCCCUCCCCGUCUCUUCACCCCCCCAAACCGCACUCCCCCUCUGGAGAUUCUGCCUCUCCUCCCGGUGCUGCGCAUGGAGCGGGGGCCGCCUCGCCCUCUCCCUCGCAUGCAACCGUCUCACCCAGCGCAAGGCGCGGGGCGGUGCUGCCCUGCCAGCAGGGAGAGGGCAGUGGGGAGCAGCAUGUGCCGAUGCACCUCGUGCCCCCCUCUGGGCAGCACCCCGUGUCUCGCACGCGACAACUCCGGCCCUCUUCCUCUCUUCGCAUUCCCGCUGUUGCAACUCUGAAUUCCACGGGUUCAUCACCCGUGUCACCGUUCUGUAACAGCGUUACAUCUUAUAGGGGCGUUACAUCUCCUCAUAGUUCCAACGCAACAAACCAGAGCGUGCGCCCCUUUCCGCGACGGUGCCUCUCUUACCCGGAUACAGCUGUGUCAGUGCCCGUUUCGUCUCCUCAAGCACUCGUUUCAUCUCCUAACAGUAACAGAUCAUCUUCUCUCAGACUCCUGAUGGGCCCUCGAAGCACCAUCUCUGUGACAGCGCACUCUAACACCUCACCUCCUAACCUUCAUUAUAGAGCAUCUGCACAUAUUCACAACCAGCUAGUAGCACGUCCCCAACCUCCCACCACCCUUCCUUCAAACCGUUUUUCAUCUGCCGAUCCCAGCAGCCCUGGUGCCCUCGCUGCUCCCUCCUCCCCCCAUCCCUCUUAUUCUCCGUCUCACCCGAAACGCCUUUCCCCUCCGGCCUCCGUCCCUGUACCUCCCUCCCACUUGCGCCGAGCGCAUUCAGUAUUCUCCCCUUGCCGCCCCUCCCUCUCUCUGCCCUCCUCCUCGCCCCAUCCCCCAAACCCUAGUCUUGCUUCCCCUGUACAGCCCUCUACCCCCUCUCCCUCCUCCCCCUCACGUCACUUCCUUCAGAAGCAGCACUCCUACCCUCCCCCCUCCACUGCCCUCGCACACUCCUCCCCUCCUCCCCUACCUACAGACUCCUCUGCUCACCCCCUGCGAUCCCGCCCCCCCGACUCCCAUCACUCCCAUCCCACCCUCUCUGCCUCUGUCUCUCGCACGCCCUCCCUCUCAUGCGCCUCUCCUCCCUCCUCGCCCUCCCACUCCUCCGCCUCUGAUGCCGCCACCUCGCUCUCCUCGCUGCCCUCCCUGCCGUCUCUCUGCGAUAGCGCUCCACGCAUGCCGCCCCUGCGGCACCACCACCACCACCAGCAGCACCACCAGCAGCACCACCAGCAGCACCAGCAGCAGCACCAGCAGCACCAGCAGCACCAGCAGCAAGAGGAGGAAGCGGAGGAUGAGUUGGUGGGUGGGCGGAGGUCAGUGGUGCAGAUGCGAGAAGGGGAGGAUGGGGAAGCAAGGAGCGACGUGGAGAAGGGGGGGUUGAGCAGGAGGCGGUCCAGUAGCAGCAGGGAGGGAGGGCGAGGGGGGGAGGGAGGAGAGGGUUGCGAGGCAGAGAGGGGUUGUGAUGCAAGAGGUGGGGGGGACACAGAAGGGGGCAGAGAGGCAAGACGGAGAAGGGAGAGGGAGCAGAGCAGCAGCGAAAGCUGCAGCAGUCGGAACGCCGUGAUAAAGGGGGGAGGGAGGCGAGUGAGAGGGAAAGAGGGAAAGCCAGCGAGAGGGGGUGAGGAGGGGGAUGAGGCCAAGCCGUGGCGCCGAGCUGCUGCUGGGAUGAGGGCGGAUGGGGCAGUGGAGGAGGAGGGGAGGCGGAGAGAACAGCACACUCACACGUGGCAUGGGGAAGACAUUCCUCCUCCCACUGCAGAAGAGAGGACCAGCCAUACAGCGGGUGGGGGAGGGGAUGGGGGUGGGGGCCUGAGGAGGCGCCACAGUGCGGGCAGCGGGGUGGUGGCUGUGGUGCGGCGGUGAGAGGCGGGGAUGAGAGACGGCGCUGGUAGAGGCAACGUGAGCGCAGGCAGCCCCUCUGUGGGCAGUCUGGGUGGAGUGGUGCGUGGAAAAGUGCUGCACUGGGAUGGCAGCACAGCAAGACAGGCCAGUGUCGCUGGCAGUGCCAGGCAUGAUGGAAGGGAGAGCGGAGGGCAGGAAGGAGGGGCAUGCAGCCUGGCAGGUGCAUUGAACAGUGGCUUCCAGGGCGGGGGUGGGCGUGACCCGCCUCAGUGCGCCUCAUCUUACUCGUCUGACUGGUCGGACACAUCUGACCCCCCGGUAGCAGCAGCGGUGGCGGCGCCAGUGGGAUGGCCUCUGGAGCUGGCCUCACAGCAAACAAGCCCAGUGCAGAGGACGCACCAGCCGGCUGCUGGUUGGUGAAAAGCAUUGGCUGGAAUGACUUACCAAGCAAGACGCGCGCACGAUGGGGACAUGACUGGUACUAAUGUACUAGCUUUAUAUUAACAGGCAACCAUGUUUCGGGGGCAUGGCAGCACUGUUGUGCCAUGGGCAGGGCAUCGUCACGGCACGUGUGCGACGAUACGGCAAUAGGAAAUAAGUGGCAGUAGCAUCGUCAGAGCCACUGCCCGCCAUUACCACAGCUGUACCACAGCUGUAUGUCAGGCAGAGAAGCUGUACAAACGCUUGGAUUGCUGGAAAAUGGGGGUCCCUCGUUGGCUGCGCAUAUGCUGCUGCAUGCUUUUGGCUGGCUUUCCCUUCGUGCAUUGUUUCAGUCCUGUGAUUUGUCAUGGCUAUUGCCACACGCUUUGUGCUUGGUGCCAGCAGCAGUAUUUGCAAGUAUUUCUCAGCCAGCCUGUGCUGAGUUAGGGAAGGAGGAUGGGUUGCAGCUUAGGGCGUAUUCCUACGGAGUGGUGUUCAGUCUGAGUAAGAAGUGUUAACUGGAAUGAGAGUAUACAGGGGUAUAUAGCUAGUGGGUUGUACUCUCUAUGGCAAGGCCCUAUGUAGUCUACUAAACAUACACAAAUAUG